AGGAACAAGAGGGCCGAAAGGUCCUUCCCAUUUUCAGCGCUUUUGCCCAGGAGAUACAGGGAGAAGAAUCUGUACAGACGCCGCGUAACUUUUCACUAAAGCAAACCGUGGAGUGGGGAGAGUCAAGUUUCUUAAGAGAGGAUGUCAACUUCAGACGAGACAGACGGGCUCCGGCCGAGAUAUGGCUCUGUCCUGGAUGGGGUGGAGCGGCUCACGGCAGAGGAGAUGGAUGAGCGGCGGCAGCAGAACAUGGCCUAUGAGUACCUGUGCCACCUGGAGGAGGCAAAAAGAUGGAUGGAGGCAUGUCUGGACGAGGAGUUACCCCCCACCACAGAGCUGGAGGAGGGGCUGAGGAACGGCGUUUAUCUGGCCAAACUGGGCCACUUCUUUGCUCCACACACCGUCUCCCUCAAGAAGAUCUAUGACCGUGAGCAGACACGUUACAAGGCAACGGGUCUCCAUUUCAGACACACAGACAAUGUUAUCCAGUGGCUGAAUGCCAUGACAGAGAAGGGACUGCCAAAGAUCUUCUAUCCAGAAACCACAGACAUAUAUGACAGAAAGAACAUGCCGCGCUGCAUCUACUGUAUACAUGCUCUCAGCCUGUACCUGUUUAAGCUGGGCCUGGCGCCCCAGAUCCAGGACCUGUAUGGAAAAGUAGAUUUUACGGAGGAGGAGAUCAACAACAUGAAGAGUGAGCUGGAAAAAUAUGGAAUCCAGAUGCCCGCCUUCAGCAAGAUUGGUGGGAUUUUGGCCAAUGAGCUCUCAGUGGAUGAAGCUGCAUUGCAUGCUGCUGUAAUAGCUAUCAAUGAAGCCAUUGAUCAGGGAGUACCUGAAGGCACCAUAGCUGCAAUGCAGAACCCCAAUGCCAUGCUCGUCAACCUGGAUCCCAGCUCUGCCCAGCACUACCAUGACACUCUCUACCAUGCCAAGGGAGAGAAGGUGGCCAGCUCUCGCAAACGGCUGGUGGAGAAUGCCGAUGCAGAGAGAGAUGUGUACGAUGAGCUUCUCACCCAGGCUGAGAUCCAGGGCAACGUCAACAAAGUCAACUUGAGCAACGCACUGAAGGCGGCAGAGCAGGCCCUGCUGAGCGGUGACGAGGACAAGUUAUGUGAGGCCCUUAAGGCUAUGGGCAUACAGAAUCUGCAGGCCAAGAACAAGGGCUUUUACCUCAAACAGCUGCUGGCUGACCGAGAGGGUAAAGAACAGUCUUCUCCAGGUGAAGCUCUGACUAGAGAGGAGCUGCAGAAUGGUGUGGACUUGGCCAAUGACAUCUCAGAGAGCUACCUGAAGCUGUUGCAGGCGGUGGAGCGUAUCAAUGCUGCCAUCAGGGCGGGCGUGCCAGAGAAGACAGUUGAGGAACUGAUGAACCCUGAUGCCCAGCUGCCUGAGGUCUACCCCAGCGCUGCAGACCUCUACCAGAGGGAACUACUCAGCCUGCAGCAGCAAAGCGCUGAGGGCUCUUUGUCCCACCCAGAGCUGCUAGUUGCAGUGGAGAUGCUGUCAUCAGUGGUGCUGAUAAAUGGGGCAUUGGAUGUUGGAGACAGAGCCUCCCUCUGGAAACAGCUGUCCAGCACCGUCACUGGACUGAGUAAUGUGGAGGAUGAAUAUGCACAGAGGUACAUGGAUGAACUGAUGCGCUUGAAGGCAGCAGCCAGAGAGCAAGGCAGCGACUAUCUGACCUGGAAUGACAUUCAAGCCUGCAUCGACCAGGUCAACCUGACUGUGCAGGAAGAGCAUGAACGUAUUGCUGCCAUCGGUCUGAUCAAUGAGGCUCUGGAUGAGGGGAAUCCCCAGAAGACUCUGGCUGCCCUCCAGAACCCGUCAGCCAAGCUCACAGACGUAGACCCCUCUGUGGCCCAGCACUACCACGAUAAGCUGCUAGAGGCCCGCAGAGAGAAGGCUCAUGAAACCCAGGAUCCUUCUGCUGUGCUGUGGCUGGAUGAAAUCCAGGACGCCAUACUGAAUGCUAACAAGGACACUCAGGAGGCCGUACAGUUCUCCCAGUCCAUCCAGGCCAUCAAUGAGGCAGUUGAUAGCGGCGAUACGGCUAAGACCCUGGGUGCUCUCCGUAACCCUGCGGCAGGACUGUAUGGGGUCACCUCUGAGUGUGCCCAGACUUACCAGGAUGACCUGGCCAAGAUCAAAGAUGAGAAGAAGAAAGAAGGUGAUAAUGGUAGUGAGUGGGUGAAACACUGGGUGAAGGGCGGACACAACUACUACUAUAAUGUGAAGACAGGUGAGGGUACCUGGGUGGAGCCAGAGAAUUUCCUCCAAAACAACACCCAACUCAACAAGGAAGACAUCCAGUCAGUGGUUUCUGGGGUAACCACAGCCUACAAUCGAGAGCAGCUGUGGCUAGCCAAUGAGAGUCUAAUUACUAAGCUGCAAGCUCGUUGCCGUGGCUACUUGGUGAGGAAUGGCCUUAAGGAACGAAUGAACUUCCUGAAAUCCCAAGACCCAGCUGUUACAUGCAUACAGGCCCAUUGGAAAGGCUACCAGCAGAGGAAGAAUUUCAAACAACGCAAGCAGUAUUUGAAAGACCACAGUGAAGAUGCUGUCAAGAUCCAAGCAAUGGUUCGGAUGCACCAAGCUCGCAAGAAAUAUAAAGACCGUCUAAAGUAUUUCAAAGAUCAUAUUGAUGACGUGGUGAAGAUUCAGGCUUUCAUCCGAGCCAACAAGGCCAGGGAUGACUACAAGACACUGAUCAACGCUGACAAUCCUCCAAUGGCGGUGGUACGGAAGUUCGUCCACCUGCUAGACCACAGUGACCAAGACUUCCAGGAGGAACUGGACCUGAUGAAACUCCGCGAGGAGGUAGUCACAAACAUCCGCUCCAAUCAGCAGCUGGAGAACGACCUGAACCUGAUGGACAUCAAGAUUGGCCUGCUGGUGAAGAACAAGAUCACGCUGCAGGAGGUGGUCUCCCACAGCAAGAAGCUGACCAAGAAGAACAAGGGCGAGCUGUCCAACCUGAUGAUGAUGAACAAGCAGAAGGGAGGCCUCAAAGCCCUCAGCAAGGAGAAGAGGAUCAAACUGGAGGCCUACCAGCACCUCUUCUACCUCUUGCAGACAAACCCCACAUAUCUUGCCAAGCUGAUCUUCCAGAUGCCACAGAAUAAAUCUACCAAGUUCAUGGACUCUGUAAUCUUCACCCUCUAUAACUACGCUUCUAACCAAAGAGAAGAGUACCUGCUGCUCAAGCUCUUUAAAACUGCCCUGCAGGAAGAAAUAAAAUCCAAAGUGGACCAGAUCCAGGAGAUUGUCACAGGAAACCCCACAGUCAUCAAGAUGGUUGUGAGUUUCAACAGAGGUGCACGAGGUCAGAAUGCAUUGCGGCAGAUCCUGGCACCGGUUGUCAAGGAGAUUAUGGAUGACAAAACCCUGAACAUCAAGACAGACCCUGUGGACAUUUACAAGAGCUGGGUCAACCAGAUGGAGACACAGACUGGAGAGGCCAGUAAGCUACCUUAUGACGUGACUCCAGAGCAGGCGAUGAGCCAUGAAGAGGUCAGGACAAGACUGGAGGCCUCCAUCAAGAACAUGAGGAUGGUCACUGACAAGUUCCUGUCUGCUAUAGUCGUUUCAGUGGAUAAAAUUCCAUAUGGGAUGCGUUUCAUCUCCAAGGUACUGAAGGACACGCUCCAUGAGAAGUUUCCUGAUGCCACAGAGGAUGAGCUGCUCAAGAUUGUGGGGAACCUUUUGUAUUACCGCUACAUGAAUCCAGCCAUUGUGGCGCCCGAUGCCUUCGACAUCAUUGAACUAUCAGCCGGUGGUCAGCUGACCACAGACCAGCGACGAAACCUGGGAUCUAUUGCCAAGAUGCUGCAGCACGCCGCCUCCAAUAAGAUGUUCCUGGGUGACAACGCACAUCUCAACCCCAUCAAUGAGUACCUCACUGCCUCCUAUCAGAAGUUCAGGCGUUUCUUCCUGGCAGCGUGUGACGUUCCAUCCCUGGAAGAUAAGUUCAAUGUGGAUCAGUACUCUGAUUUAGUCACCCUCACCAAACCUGUCAUCUACAUCUCUAUUGGAGAGAUUAUCAACACUCACACACUGCUAUUGGACCAUCAGGAUGCUAUUGCUCCAGAGCACAAUGACCCGAUCCACGAGCUGCUAGAGGACCUGGGAGAGGUGCCCACUGUAGAGUCCCUCAUCGGUGAAAGUCCUCUGCCCCCUGAUGACCCCAGCAAAGAGCUGAUGGGCAAGACUGAGGUUUCACUCACACUCACCAACAAAUUUGAUGUCCCUGGUGAGGCCAACGCUGAGGUGGAUGCCAGGACCCUCCUACUCAAUACCAAGAGGCUUAUUGUGGAUGUGAUCCGGUUCCAGCCCGGGGAGACACUGACUGAGAUCCUGGAGUCUACAGCCAGCCAAGAGCAGGAAGUGGAGUACCAGCGUGCCAUGCAGAGAAGGGCCAUCCGGGAUGCCAAGACUCCAGAGAAGAUGAAGCAGGCCAAACCAGUGGUGGAUGACAGCCUAACACUGCAGGGGAAGAAGGAUAAGAUCAAGAGUAACCUGCAGAGGCUGGCAGAGCUGGGAAAGGUUCACCCUGAGAACCGCUAUCAGGACCUCAUCAAUGACAUAGCCAAGGAUAUCAGAAAUCAGCGGCGGUAUCGUCAGCGCAGGAAAGCGGAGUUGGUGAAACUCCAGCAGACCAAUGCUGCCCUCAAUUCAAAGACCAAGUUUUACAAUGUGCAGAUUGAUUACUACAAUCAGUACAUCAAAACAUGUAUGGAUAACUUGGCCAGCAAGGGCAAGUUGUCUAAGAAACCAGGCGACAACAAGGCCAAGAAGAGCAAGCAGGUCUCACAGAAAUACACCGCCUCUCGCCUCCAUGAGAAGGGCGUGCUGAUUGAAAUAGAGGAUCUGCAGACUAAUCAGUUCAAAAAUGUUAUUUUUGAGAUUUCGCCAUCAGAGACUGUUGGAGUGUUUGAUGUUAAGGCCAAGUUCAUGGGUGUGCACUUGGAGACGUUACAAUUAGAAUAUCAGGAUCUUCUCCAGCUGCAGUAUGAAGGUGUGGCAGUAAUGAAGCUCUUUGACAGGGCCACCAUAAAUGUCAACCUGCUCAUUUUCCUGCUCAACAAGAAAUUUUAUGGAAAAUAGAAGAACAGAGGAGGGAGGGGCUACAGACACUGUUUGAAAGAGAUCAUCCACUUACAGAGGAUUGCUGAAAGCCCUGACUCACACCAUUCUGGUUUUCCUAGAUAUUUCCUUCUGCACUUCUCUUAUGUUCUAAUGCAAAUUUAUGUGCAUUAUUUUUUAUUAAAAGCAUUAACAUAUGUGCUUUGUUAAUGAAAUGGUCCAGUGUGCCAGUCAGCACACCACAAAAGCCUGCUGGAAUCUUUUUGCUUACUGUCUUUUUUUUUUUUUUUUUUUUUUUAUGACUGCGAUGCGGUCAAAGGUUUAAGAUUUAUUAUUUGCUUGGAAUAUUACAAAUACCUUGUGCAUGGGCUUGAUUACUUGUAGAACUUGUAUGUUUUAUGUAAAGAGAUCACAUUUUAUUUCUUUUUUUUUUUAGCUGUUAGUUUAUCUGCUUAUCUGACUGAUAAAGGCUUGAUUGUACCAUCUCCUUCACCAAUACCAAGGUCCUGUCACACUGCACAGCAGGCCUGUAGUACCUGAGGCUGCAUCUUGCAACUCUUGGCUUGGUCUUGGACCAAACUUAUCUUUGUCCUCUUGGAAUUUUUUUUGUAUUUGAUUUAGUGAUUCUAAUGGAGACCAAUGCAUAAACAGCUGGAAGCAUUUAGAAAAACAUAAAAUGCACUCCAUCCCCUUCAUUGUGUAUUUUAGUUUGAAAACACUGGAGUGUCAUGAAUAUUUUUCACGUAUUUGCCCACUGUUUCAGCUACUGGUUUGUAGUAAUACUUGACUCACUCCUGUCUCAGUCUUGAUUUGGAUUCAAUACAACCCCUCCCAUUCUGAAAUCUAUGGAAAGACAUUUGUGCCAAAAGUGUCAUAGUGAAUUUCCAAAAAUUAAUUCAUUUUUAUUACUUGCAUAGCACAAUUUGAAAUUGAAUUAUAAUGGCUUAAUACUUGAGAUUGAGCUCUCCGAGAGACAUCCAGGGACCAUCUCUACUGGUGGCCAGUCAGGUCUUCACUCUCUGACCUGGCAUACAGUUAGGAGAUUAGGUUAGUGAGUGAAAAUUAGUUGUUAGUAGUAUGCUCUCUGAUGUUGGUUUGAAUCAUUGCUCAUUUGCUUUUCCUUAUCUGAAUGUGUCUCAGCUCAAUCUGCAAUUGAGACAACUGAAUAUGCAAGGAUAGUUAAAUUCAGAAAUCAUUUUAUUUCAAGACAUUAAAGUUGCUUUUGAAGUCAGUGGCUUUUUGGGAAAGUGUUUUAUUUUAAAUAGGAUAGUGAAAUGUGAGCAGUAUGACAAAUUCACAUUUGGGCCAUUGAAAUCCUGCUCCUGCUGGCACUAAUUGCUUUCCGUAGACCUUCAUUCUGAUAUGCCAAGUCAUGAUCUUGGCUUGUCUUGGACUCAACUGAUCUGGCCAUUGCUGCAGCCCUGGUACCCAGAACUCACCCACAGUGCAUUUCUCCUCCUGGUCCCCUCUCACCUUUCCUCUCAUGCCUCUGCUGGUCUACUAACAUUCAGCAGAGAGGAGACAGGACUUGACUCUCAUUCGAAGCACACACAGCUGUGCAAGUGUGCUCAUUCAUUUGGCUUUCUUAGAUGACUGUUUAUCCUGUAUAAAUGAAACACAGAUGAUCAUCACACUUACAACUGCAGUUUAGUUAACAAAGCCUGACUUAAUGUCUGCGAAUCUUUAAGCCAUAGGAUGGGAACUAGGGGAUAGUUUAAGAAGAACGUUGAAUACAGAGAUUUGUUUUAAAAUGUCUUAUGUUGAACAGAUUCAACAAUCCUGUCCUUAUUUAUAUUUUAUAUAUUGUCAGUUCACAUUAUACUGUAGUUGUUUGCAAAACUAAGGACAGAUCAUGUAAGGGAGCUUCUCAGCCCUUUGAGCAUGUGCAGUAUUAUGGUUAAUUAGUCUUGUGGGUCCAGUAGAUGUCACUCUACACUUUUUUUUUUUUAAUAUAUUUUUUGUAU